UUCCGACGACGUCACUUCCUCACACGGCUUCCGUCACUUCUGUUUCCAGUGGCAACUUGAGGACGCAAAACUCGCCGACGAAAUGGCAGAAGUUGAGGAAACAUUCCAGAGAGUGGAAGCUAAUAAGACCGUGAUUGGAACAAUAAUUGCCAAUGCAGAUGGUCUCCCAGUCCGAUCAACGUUUGAGAGUUCAAAGGCUGCAAGGUACGUUGGAAUCCUUGGCCACCUGACCUCGAUGGCCACCAGCACAGUGAGGGACAUUGACCCUCAGAACGAUCUCACUGUCCUCCGCAUUGGCACUAAGAACCAAGAAAUCAUGGUUGCACCAGAGAAUGGCUCUCUCGUGAUUGUCCUCCAGAGGUGUGAUGGGUGACUUAUGGUGAAAGGCACACGACAACUGGGACUUGGCGAUGAAACCUAAGGUCAAAUAAAAAUAAUUCUUCUACACAAAAGCAGACUGGGAACAAAAACAAAAUCGGCCCUGGUAUUUUUUGCUUAAACUGGCUGGAGCCUUAUAAUCAUCGGAGCACAACUGAGUAGUUUUAAAUAUCUUAUUUCUGGUUUUUUUUUUGGAAAAUCAUUUGUUUUUCCAAUGAGUAUAAUAUUAAACUAAUUGUAAACAUU